ACGCUUCUUGUCCUUGCAUCCCAACAACAACGAUUACUUCCACUUAACGCGUGAUUAUCAUUCUUACUCGGUGAUCAUUGCAAGUCAAUUGUCUAUUCCCCUUGUCCAAUUUACAAUUGCAAUUCCUACUUUCAACCUCACAUCUUCACAAUGGCCUCUAACAUCACCCCCUCCAAGAAGGCUGCCUCUGCCAUGGAGUCAUUGAACAUGGACUCUCCCAUCAAGAAGCUGGACUUCUCCGCCGGCAAGGAGAACGCCCCUUUCGACUCCAACAUCGAUGCCCUGGCCAAAGAGAUUGAUUCACACCAACAAAUUGAAAAGAGGCAAGAAGAGAAGGUUGCUGUUGCGCCUACCAUUAGGCCUGAGGAGGCUGAUGAGCCCAUCCUACAAGAGAACCCUCAGCGGUUCGUCCUGUUCCCCAUCAAGUACCAUGAGAUCUGGCAGAUGUACAAGAAGCACGAGGCGUCCUUCUGGACUGCCGAAGAGAUCGACCUGUCCAAGGAUCUUCACGACUGGAACAACAGACUCAACGAUGACGAGAAGUUCUUUGUCUCUCACAUCCUUGCCUUCUUCGCUGCGUCAGACGGCAUUGUCAACGAGAACCUGGUUGAGCGAUUCAGCGGCGAGGUUCAGAUCCCUGAAGCACGAUGCUUCUACGGUUUCCAGAUCAUGAUGGAGAACAUUCACUCUGAGACUUACUCUCUGCUCAUUGAUACCUACAUCAAGGAGCCCGCCCAGAAGACUCAUCUCUUCAACGCCAUUGACACUAUCCCCUGCAUUCGCAAGAAGGCGGAUUGGGCUCUGCAAUGGAUCGCUGACAAGAACUCUACCUUUGCUCAGCGUUUGAUUGCUUUUGCUGCUGUUGAGGGUAUUUUCUUCAGCGGUGCUUUCGCUUCUAUCUUCUGGCUAAAGAAGCGUGGCCUCAUGCCUGGUCUCACUUUCUCCAACGAGCUCAUCUCGCGUGACGAGGGUCUACAUACCGAUUUCGCCUGUCUUCUCUUCACACACCUCAAGAACCGGCCCGGCAAGGACGUCAUCGAGAAGAUCAUUAGAGACGCUGUCACCAUAGAGCAGGAGUUCUUGACAGAGGCCUUACCUUGCGCCUUACUCGGCAUGAACUCCAACCUGAUGAAGCAGUACAUCGAGUUCGUCGCCGACCGCCUACUAGUCGCUCUCGGCAACGAGAAGAUCUACCGCUCUUCCAACCCAUUCGACUUCAUGGAGAAUAUUUCCCUGGGUGGCAAGACUAACUUCUUCGAGAAGCGUGUUGGUGACUACCAGAAGGCAGGUGUCAUGGCCAGCACUAAGAAGAACGACGACGCAGCUACCCCUGCAGAGAACGAGAACGGAGGCGAUUUCACCUUCGACGAUGACUUUUAAGCUUCUCAUCAGCUUGAUGAUCUCGCGCCUCUUUCUCUUACGUCCUUUUUUCGAUACCCCCUUCUCUCAUUCUCGAUUAGAUCCGCCCUCAUGUAAUACUAUAUUCACGCUACUUCCUUCAACGCCAUUCCAACUUGUUAGAGCUUAGAGGGUCUUAAUACAAAACUAUAGACCGGCGAGCAAUUGUCUCGGCGGUACAAUUACGGUUGGAUCCAUCGACCGGGUGGUCCCCCUUGGAUCUUCAACCCUAUUUUUCCCUUUUUAUCUGUCACGAUAGGGUCAUAAUCACUGGGCGUUACGGCGUUGCUGGCCUCUUUACGAAGAGAUGGCCCACGGAGGAAUGAAACAAACAAUAAGCUCCGAAUGGAUGGUCGGACGGAUGGGGCAAAUGACUUGAUGCACGAGACGCGGACGUAGUGAUAGCUCAAUUGAUGCAAAUGAUGAAGACA